UGUUGCAUCUAUUGCGUUACCUCUUUCAGUUUUAUCUCGCUGGGGCACAGAUGGGAGUUACAAGCAGCACGGAUAUCCAGAUAAGAACGUAGGAUAUGCAUUGGCUGGAAUCUGACAGGGUUGAAGAAAUCACCUGCCGCUGAAUUGAGACUCAGAUGGGAAGUAGGAAGUGCUGUGCUCAAGCUUCCUGUAUAAAUAAAUGCAGCUUUCCCACAGCUACUGCAUACAAGCUGUGACGUGCUUUUAAGAUAUAAUGGCAGCAUGCUCUUAAUAGCAGGGAGGAGAUUAUUUAUCAGAGUGGCAAAGGAACUGAGAGGCAAGUCCUUCUGCAGUCCUACGAAGUGCACAGCUGUCAGAUACACGGAGAAGAGAAAGGGCGUGUGAGAGGAAUCUGCCUCUGCUUCUGAUUGCAAGCUGCAGUGGUUGUGACAUGAUUCUUGGGAGCGCUGGAGUGUGAGUGAAGCUAUUGAAAAGUCAAACAGCUGGGACUGAAUACUACUCUCCUUUCAAGGCAGAGAGGACAACUGAUGAGAGAAUGGGCUCUGCAGGGAAGCCUAGCCCUGACACCAUGACAGCUGACAAGUCAGAAGCUGGAGACUUAGCACUGGAGCCCCUGCUCACUUGCAAGCUAUGUCUCUGUGAAUAUUCCCUGGAUAAGAUGACCACUCUGCAGGAAUGCCACUGCAUCUUUUGUACAUCGUGCCUGAAACAGUACAUGCAGCUGGCCAUUCAAGAAGGUUGUGGUUCUCCUAUCACUUGUCCAGACAUGCUCUGUGUGAACCAUGGGACCCUACAAGAAGCCGAGAUUGCCUAUUUGGUACCAGUUGACCAGUUUCAGCUAUUCAAGAGGCUGAAAUUUGAACGUGAAGUCCAUUUGGACCCUCAGAGAACAUGGUGUCCUGCAGCAGACUGCCAAACGGUGUGCUGCAUUGGACCAAAUGAGUCGGGAGCGCCGGUGCCGGUGGAGUGCCCAGCCUGCCACAUGAUGUUCUGCUCCUCUUGUAAAGAGGCAUGGCACCCACAGCGCCCGUGCCCAGAAAACCAAGCUCUGGUAACAACAGAGCAGGGAUCACUUAUUGGAACUGAGACAGAAGCACCAAUUAAGCAGUGCCCAGUUUGUCGGAUCUAUAUUGAGAGAAAUGAGGGCUGUGCUCAGAUGAUGUGCAAGAACUGCAAGCACACGUUUUGCUGGUAUUGCCUACAGAACUUGGAUAAUGACAUCUUCUUAAGGCAUUACGACAAAGGCCCUUGCAGAAACAAGCUCGGCCACUCGCGUGCUUCGGUGAUGUGGAACAGGACGCAGGUUGUAGGGAUCCUCGUUGGACUAGGUAUCAUAGCACUGGUGACCUCUCCCUUGCUGCUUGUGGCAUCUCCAUGCAUCAUCUGCUGCAUUUGCAAAUCUUGCCGAAGCAAAAAGAAAAAGCACAGCCUACCUACAACCUAAAAGUCUGUGUCUGUUUGAGCCUGUAUCUGUACAGUAUACAUUUGUGAGAAAGCACAACGGUUGGAUUUUGGUGCCAUGCCUAUCAAAUAAUGCUCCCCUUUUUUCCUUUUUUUUUGGCCAAUUUUUGGGAUAAGUGCCUAUUCUCUACAGGCUACUCUAUCGGUAACAAGUGACAGGGUGGAAGAAGUCUAGAUAAUUGUAGAGUACAUACGGUAUAUGGUUUUGCUUUCUGACAGAAAAACAUAACGCCAUUCAGUAGCUCAUACUCUCAAGUGUGAGCCACCUCUUGAGGCUGCUAGAACUUUACCAUCUUCUGUCAGCCACACAUGAAUCAACUCUGCAGUAUUCAUCUGCUUUUGCAGGCCCAGUUGUUACUGUCAUGCUUUCUGUUGGUUCUUGGUGAAAGUCUCUGAAAUUUUUGAGUGCGCUUUAAAAGGGGAAGAGAGGAGGCUCGAUGUUUUUCUGUCUGCCAGCUCAUCCCAUUAGAGGUAACAAACUGUUAAAAAAUGUAUUUGACAGUUUUCUGUCAACUGGCAACCAUGGCAUUUCUUUCAGCAUUGAAAUCAAUGGGUUUUAUAUUACUGAUUCCAAUGACAAUUAAAAGCCAACAAAACUAUUUCGAAGACAGAGCUGCCUUUUAAGAGACUGGACUAGCUUGAGAAAGCUGUAUUUUUUUCUGAUCAGACAUGCUGUAUCUAAUUAGAAAUAUAAGGAGUUUGUAUAUUUCCCUGCUAUUGGGCAUACCUUUUGUCAGUAGCAUGGGAGUAAUUCCACCUUGAAUCUAAUAAUUUAGGAAAGGCAGUGAUACAGCUCCUAUUCUUUCAGUACUGCGGUCUUGGUUGUGUGCGUAUCCAGUGACCUCAUGUCCGUGGAUGUACCAAGUGCAUAAUGCACAAUUUAUUUUCUAGGUAGUCAGUAUAUUUUUUCAACAGUUUACCUGGAAUAGCAGCAAGAACCCUGUAAUGUUACUCAGAACAGGAUAAGGAAAACCCUUUCUUGGACCUUCUGGACCUGCUGAUGUAAAUACUUGAGAAAUGCUGUGCAACCAUCAGUCCACAGGUGGAUAUUUCUUCUGUCCUGCCCAAGGUUAACAAACUGUUAUAUAUAUAUAUCAUUUUUUAGUUAUUCUGGAUCUGUCAUUUAAUACAGCCUUCAUUUUCAUUUGGUGCCUCACCAUCAAACUGAUUCAGACCCUACUAUCAGUUACACCUAUAUAAAUUCACUGAAAGCUCCCUGAAGAGCUGAAGUUACUUCGGGCUCACUCAGGAGUAGCUGAGAUCAGACUCUGCUCCCCCGAGUUUAUUUCCUUAAUGGCUGGUGCUCCUCAUAACCCUGGCCAGCAGAGGCUUUUGUUCUGGGCUCCCAGUGCAUUUUAUAUCUGUGGGAACUGAUACGAGUUUGCACUAUGUGAGCAGUUGUAAUUCCAUACCCCUUGUGAUAAGGGCUGCAAUAUUUAAAUGAGAUGCUUGGCCUGAGCAUUGUCUCAGGCUCUUCCUCCUCUUGUCUACCCUCCUGCAUGCACACGGUGCAAGGCACCAGAAGGAUGUUGUGAAGAGCAUCUCUUCUGUUGCAUUUGGCUGAACCUCAGGAACUUUGCCUUCUUGGCAGUCAUAAAUGUGACCUUUCUUUGUUUAACGUCGCCCUCUGGUUCCUGUAACAGAAGUGGUAGAUGUUCUUAUUUUAAGAAAGUGCAGUCUGUUGAGCAGACUAGCAUGGACAAAGGCCUUAAAUGAUACUGUCUGUUUUACUUUUACAUUGAUUUAUUUUAUAAAUGCUGUCUGGUUUUGUUACCAGUGGCGGUGCUCGCCAGUUGGAAAGGCUGUAUUUAUUCUUCAUCCAUAGCCUCUAAGGGAAGCAGAAAAAUAGUCAGUACAUUUUAAAUGUAAAGUGCAAUGCAGGCAACUACAAUUUAUAAUAAGUGGAGAAUGUUUUCUGUAUGGUUGUUGUUUUUCUUUUUUAAGAAUAGUAAUGGUUGUGCUUGGAGGCAGUUAUGGCAUAUUAAAGUAUCCAGCCCUUGGCUUUGCACUAUUUUUCUAUCGAUGUUUUUAUGGCACUACUGUCAUCUUCAGCUUAUUUACAAACUUGCAGUUAAAAGUCUUACUGUAAGAAAGCAUCAAGAACAAAGGUAUAAGAGCUGUACAGUGACCAAACAGCUAUACAGCUGUACACUGACCAUAACCAGCAUUGUGAGGUACUGGGAGUCUUUGUGUGUUGAACUUAGUUGUUUUUUCAUGUUUUGUGAUCCUAUUUCUGCUAGCCAGUUUCUUUCUUUGCCUGCUUCCUCUUUCCCUUGCAGAUGCUCAAUGAAAUGAAUGUUUCUCCUGAUUUUUCAUUAAUACUGCCAUGUUAAUGAAAUUACCAAGUUCUUCCCUCUGUUAAAGGAAUGCAACUGAAGGCAGUAUCUUAAUUGGAGUACAGUAGGAGGAUUAUUUUACUUAAAAGGCUUUGCACAGUGUACUGCAUAUCCUGACUUUUCAUUGCAUAGGGAUUCCUGAGUAUGCUUUAAGUAAACUGUGACCUUGCUAGUUCAUAAGGCUCAACUAACUCAGCUGUGCAGAAGUUCUGGGAGCAGUAGGGCCCUACCCCUUGUUUUCCAGUGGACAAAUAUUUUGCACCAACUCAUCACACUUAAAGGCUUCCAAAGAACUAUAUGAGCAAGAGACUUUUUACAGUGUUUCGUUCUUUCAAAAACAAAAAUUAUAAGAGAAACCAUAGAAUCGUAGAAUGGUUUUUGCUGGAGGGGACCUUAAAGAUCUUCUAGUUCCAACCCCUCGACCACAGGCAGGGUUAUCAGCCACCAACUCAGGAUGCCAAGAACCCAUCCAACCUGGUCUUGAAUGCCUUGAGGGAUGAGUUACCCACAGCUUCCCUGGGCAGCCUGUGCCAGUGCCUCACCACCCUCUGAGUAAAGAAUUUCAUCCUAACAUCUAACCUAAAUCUCCCCUCUUUUAGUUAAAAGCCAUUCCCCCCUGUUUUAUCACUGUCAAACCAUCUAAAAAAGUUGGUUCCCCUCCUGCUUCUAAGUUCCCUCCGAGUACUGGAAAGCUGCAGUGAUGUCUCCCUGGAGCCUUCUCUUCUCCAAGCUAAACCUUUCAACCUUUCUGCCAAAGAAGAGGUUCUCCAGCCCCUCUGAUCAUCUUCAUGGUCCUCCCCUGGGCUUGCUACAGCAGCUCUAUGCCUUUCUUGUGCUGGGAGCCUCAGGCUUGAACACAGUACUCCGGAUGAGGCCUCAAAAGGGCCAAAUAAAGGAAAGAUAAUCACCUCCCUCUCCCUUCUUCCACCGCUCUUCUGAUGCAGCCCAGGAUGCAGCCGGCUUUCUGAGCUGCAAGAGCACACUGCUGGCUCAUGUCCACCUUUGUGAUGUUUCCCCUUUUCCAAUCACCAGGGACUUUGCCAGACAGCCACGAUUUUUUAAAUAUAUGUGGAGAUUGACUUGGCAAGCACAUCAGCUAAUUCCUUCAGAACCCUGGGAUGCACAUCAUCAGGCCCCAUUGAUUUGUAUACGUUCUGCCUCAUGAAAUGGUCUCAGACUUGCUCUGCUCUUACACUGGGAUUGAUUUUGCUCCCUCAAUCCCCACUUAGAAUUUCCAGGACACAAGUGGUGUGAGGAGCCUUACUGAGGCAAAGAACUCAUUAAGUACCUCUCCGUGUCUGAGGUGGCCAAAAAUAAAAUAAAAUAAAGAAAUGAUCUUCAUUUUAUAAAAUAAUUAUUGCAAAUGUGGCAAAUAGUAACUAAAAAAUUUGAGUUGAGGAGGAAGAGCUCUAGGUGCUUUUAGCUCUGCUAAAUCAAUGUGAGUCCACCCUCUUGAGCUCCAUGUAUGAGAUGUGGUGCACAUUACUGCCAGCCUUCCCACUCGCUAUCCUUACCAUCCAUCCUUCUUCCUUCUGGCUUGGGGCAUGUGUGUGGGUAACACACAGGGAACAGAGCUCAGAGCUGGGUGCUGUGUAGGAGCUGGGAUCUAUGGCAUGUGGCCUGGCCUGGCUCCAUCACCUGAAGCAAAUGCUUCUCAUGCUAUAGCAUAAGCACUUCUCCACAGUAUUUGUUGUAUUAUUGUAGACCUAUGGGAGGUGGUCAGUGUGGACAUUCAAUAGUAGGUUAUUUUUCAGUGGUGCAUGAGGUUACUUUACUCUAAGAAGAACAUGAGGGCUUACAGUAACUGGUGUUUAUACGGUGUUUUUAUGAUGUUAAGUUCUAGGUACUCUUACCUGUCCAGUAACAUAGCAUAAAGUAUAGGUCCAAAGAAAAGUUUAAAGUAUACGUAAUUUUUACUUGAAUAAACUAAGAGAAACUGGAUACUACCUUCAUAUUUGCUUGGAGAUAUGCAAGUGGACAGCAAUCAACUCCAUUUCCACAAACUAACAGCAAAGUAAACUUUCAGCUGCUCUGUUUGUGGUACUGCAGCAGGCGGUUGUGUUGCAGUGCCUGCAGCUUUAACGGUCUGAAAUCUGUUUUGCACUGUGUUUUCCUUUUCACAGUCACUUUUUUCUUCCUCAGACCAGAUUCCCUUUAAGAGCCUAUUUUUCAUCCCCAGUCUCAGGCCAAAGAUUUUAAAGAGUGAAAUUAGUAGAUUUCCUCAUGUGAAAAUAAAAGCCUUCUGAUAAUUUUCUUGCAAAUUUUAUUAAGAAAUUUGAUGCUGAGGCAAUGACCAAAGAAAGAAAAUUCCAGCUUGGCUUGUUCAGAAAAGCUUCAUUUAAACUCGAGAGGUGGUCUUGGAAUACGUAAGUAAGGACUGCUUUGUUAGAGCCCUACAGCUUUUAAGCCUCGUGUUUCUAGGAAAUAUGCUGUGAAGAAAAAAUCACAGCUUCGAUUAUCUACAUCAAAAGAGAUUCUCCUGUAGGCAUUCAACACCCUUCCCCAUCCCCUAGAAUCCUUCUAGAGUGAACUUGUACAAUAAGAUAAUUGGAAAUAUACAGCAGAACAGAUUAACUGUUCUAGCCAUACAGCAGUGGAAAGAUAUCUUUCUCACAUGUAAGACCAGGCCCUAAUUUUUGUGGGUUGCAAUAAAAACACAAAGAUGUACCUUUCCUGGAAUAAAAAGAAUUGAUUCUUCUGCAUUCUGCUAGGAACUGCUAAGAAGUGAACUUACUGCUAAGAUUAUGAAACCCUUCCAUCCCUUUUUUUCUUCGUCCUCUUGUUAGUUAAGUAAUGUAGCAAGAACAUAAUGCUUUUGCAGAACAAGAAUCCCAAAGGUCUGUUUUGUCACUAUGUUCAGUUACACAGAUCCAAUGCACUUUUGAAAAUUCAUUAUUUAUAUCAUUCAUACAUAAUUUAUGUUUUGUAAUUAUAAAAUACAGAUUUUGAGGGCUGUGAUACGUUUUACUCUAUGAUACAUUUAUUUGAGUUGCAUUCAGAUUGGAAAUCUUUCCUCUUCUUCCUGGGGAGAAAGUCAUUGUAUUCCUGGCAGGGUAAAUUCCUAUGGUUUGCUGCUGUCCACAGUAAAUGUUUUGUGCUAUGUUUUACUUGUGCUUUGUUAUGUCUUGUUAUGAUCUCUCAAGUUAGUUCUCUGUAUCAAGCAAAUACUAUGGUUAGGGAAAGUAUUUUCCUAGCAGUGCAUUUUGGUGACUGCCACAGUUUGGACUAUACAAGAUGAUGAUGAUUGACAAGAUCCACCAGCUUUUUAGAGGACAUGACCUCAUUCUUUCCCUUUCUCUUACCCCUUCUGCCCAAGGAGGUUUCUCUUUUCCUAGCUGAGAAUUAGGGACUUCUCUCAUUAGUCUGUGCCUUCUGAAUGUCCAGGAUGGAGCAACUGCUUCUGGUGGCUACGUGCUGGGAGAUCCCAGACAAGUUGAAUGUGCAGUGCUUGCAGCGUUAGUGCAGUGAAUUUCUUACAUUUCAGGAAGGCGCCUGGUGGCUUACAGCUGGCUGGGACAUGUGCUGCAGAUGUGGUUGGUGGAACAGGGGCUUUGUCCAAGCAGCUUCAUGAGCGCCCCCAGCUGUAGGGCGACCAGCUGCAGGACACAUGUGUGGUGCUGAGCCACUGCAGCGCUGCAGCUGUGAUGCUGGGCCAUGUCACCAUGCAUGCAUGUCUCCUGGAGUGCUGUAAGGGCCGCCGUCAUCUCUACCUUACCCAGAUUCCACAGCAAACCUCUGUUCCUUCAGUCUUCCAGUAUCUGCUACUUGCCCGUUUCUAUUGCAGAGAAACCUCAGAUCAGAUGAGUUAUUUGGGGCUGGGCUGGUCUACACAUUCAUUUUGCUGAAGGUCUAGAAGGAAAAGCAAACUGCUAUAUGCCCUGCUGAUACCAGCAUCAGGGGCACCGAGUGUCAAUUUGUGAGAACUCUUCAUCUGCCACAGUGUUGCAUAUUUUUCAGGAAAAAAAAAAAUAAUUAAAAGUGUUUUUUUUGUUGUUUUAAGGCGUACUUUGAGGUGUCUGAGCCCAGCACCUGAUCCUGAGUGCAACAUGGACUGGCAUCAGUCACAGACCCUGCUGGGUGGCAGCGCUGGGCUCAGCCCAGCUGUGGUCUCCCAGCUCUUGCUGGCAGGAGCAGGACACAGGGCUUCUAUUGCUGUGCUGGGCAGAUGGUGUGGAAGGGCAUGAUUAAAUUGCAACAGGAGGAAGCAGUCCCUGAGCAGAGGGCCAGCCCCUGCUGUUCAGUGGGACUUGUCUCCUGCACUGUGCUGCACAGCGCUGAAAUCCUCUUCAGCGUUCAGAGGUCGUUUACCUGGUACUUGGUUAAACUUAGGUUUUAUUUAUCCGGGUUUCUUCCUUUCUUCCAGGUAAUACACUUUCUUCACCACUCUUACCCUGGUGAAGGGCAAAAGGGUUUGAUCUUUGUAAGAUUUGUUAAAAUAUUUCUGUGUUUAUAAGAAAACUGACGUAUAAAGAAAUAAGUGCUUUUGUAAGAUUUUGUUGUAUGAUUCAGCAUUUAAACAUUUUACAGAUGCAA